CAACACAUCAUCUUCUCACCCUGCCACGACUAUCUAACGGCCAACUCGCCAGUGGAGCGACGACACAACACUGUAGAUCUUGGCGAGAUGAACACGCUGAUUCAUCACAAUCCGCUGUCUGCUCCGCAUCUCCUUGCUGAGGCAGCCACGAACCGCCUGACACCUUCCCGCUACGACUCCGUCCACGCUCCCAGCAUGUCCGGCCGGAAACGGAAAGCUUCUGAAGAGCCGGACAAUGACCGGAUGUCCACAUCGCCUGCCGCCUCGCCCUCUCUCUCUGCAAGGCUCCUACCUACUGCGACACCGUCUCGGAGCACGAAGCGGAGCAGGACCGGAGGGCCUAUAGGGAGACCGCUGGCUCUGCCUCGCCUGCUUGAGACGCUAUCGGCAGAGCAGAUGCGGCAGCUGUUACAAACUGUGGCCGAUCAGCAUCCAGACCUGCAACAAGAGAUUGUCACAAAAGCACCACGACCGUCAAUAGACUCCACACUGUCAGUACUUGGCCGAUAUGAGAACGACUUCCGGCGGGCAUUUCCGCUAGGCAACAGGCCUACAUCGGAAUACACGUAUAACCGCGUGCGGCAUCAGCUUCUGCAGCUCAUGGAAGCGCUACGGGAGUAUACGCCUCACUUCUUGCCACCACACGAAACACAAACGAUCCUGUCGCUCAACUAUCUUAACGAAGUAACGAACAUGAUCCACCGCCUACCAGAUUGGGACAGCUUCCAGCAUCAACGACCCAAGCAGGAUGCGUACGAUGAGAUCAGCAAAGCGUGGGCGCUAGUAAUUCGAGAAGCGAGCAAACGCGCGGGUGGUUUCCACUUGCAGUUCGGCGGAUGGGACCAGAAGCUGGUGGAGCACAAUCAGAAGAGUGGAGGGAGGUUAGAAGAGGCAGUGAACGAACUGCGGUCUGCUCUUGGGUUCAUGCAAGCUGGUACGGCAACAACACCGGCUGGCGCAACAGAGGAGCGGGCAAGCAUACGGCAGCAUUUGUUCUCGGGCUCGUAUGGGCAGGAAAUGGGCGUUGGAGCGGGCCGGUGGUGAAGGAACGACGCAUACGAAGUGGCAUCCCGGAGUCGCUCAACAUGAGCGUUGCGUAGAAAGCGUGGUGUUGGUGGAGUUUAGAUGAAGUCUGGGUAUUGGCGCGGCGUUCUAUCUACACCUUUGGUACGCAUGUCUACGAAGAUAACGAAUUGAGAUUGUGACCUUUUUCCGUAGUCGCACGUGCAAUGCUGACUUCACUCG